AAAUCAUCGAAGUGAAUGAUGCAGUGGAUUAUUGUCUCAAAGCUUAUAAGCAAGAGUCUAAAAGAGAAUUGGAUGAAAACGAUAACGUUUCACUAUCCAAAGAGAUGAAACCCAAUAAGAAAGCUGCCAAAAUACCACACAAAAAAAUUACUGAAGGUUCAUCAGAAACUCGAAACAAACAAGUCCAAACUCCGUUGAAGUUUCCCUGCGAAGAAAUCAUCUACACCCAUCAAGCUCAAUUAGGCAAAACAACUCAAGAACUUUUAGACCAAGGCGAGCCUAUAGGCGAUUUCCUUUUAGCCGACAUAUUUAUCGAAUACCUGAAAUCGAUUCCUGAUCUUAAAGGUUGGGCUCUAGUUAAUUAUCCUACGAACUUUGAACAAGCGGUAAUGAUUGAAGAAGCCUUAACUGGAGUGAAACUUAUGGACUCAAUAACCAGAAAAACUCUAGAAAUGGACGUCGAUAAAGAGGUUUGCAGUUUGUACGGUGAUUUUGACGAAAAAAGAUGCUCAAAGUUAUUCAGUAAUCCCAUUAUAGCGAAACCGGUUCAGGUUUACGAUACGGCACUAACUGCUUUUAUUAGAUUGAAACAAAUAACCAAGGAAGAUUUUGAGUUGUAUGACGACAUAGAUUCGUUAGAUACAUUCUAUUUUGACGUGGGAGCCAAUUAUCCAAUCUACUACAAAGAAUUGGAUUUAAACACCAUAAGACAAUUGGCCAAAUUCAUCAUCGGUGAUUCACCUUUGAAGAGUUGCUCGGAAUUAUUUGGAACUGCUACAGUUGGAGUAAAACCGACUAAGAAUGCUGACAAAUUGAAAAAGGCACAACCAAAACAAGAGAUGACUGAUAAAACUGCUAGUCAUGCAAAAGAUCGAAAAAGCAAAAUGAAAAAUUUUGCUGAUAAAUUUGUCCAAGUUUCGAGCGAAGACGAGGAAGAAUGUGAGUUGAGUACGGUGACUUUGAUUGUUCCAGAACCUGGACAAUCGGGAUGGGAGUAUUGUCGAUCUGGUUGUCCCGACGAAUUAUUGAAUUCUCUGGCAACUGUUUGGGAAACAUUUGAGGACACCUACACGAGCGACUUGCAACAAGUUCUGUACCUGAUGAGGUUGAAUUUGAAUUCGGUAGAGCCCUUCGUGCAGUAUGUAAAAGAUUGCAUGGAGCAAAUUGUCGACAGAUCCGUAGAACAAGAGACGAUUUUGUGGAAAUUUUGCUCUGCUUUCAACGCGUUCGACAAGGAGUCUAGAAAAGAUGAGGAAUUUAAAGGGGAAAUGUAUUGCAGGAUUGAAAAUUUCAUAGAAAAACUAUCAGAAGUGAGCGAUUUGAAAAUGAUGGAAUCGGAAGACAUGCGACGAGGCCUUAUUAGUGAAAAUUGGGCGUCUGGUCAAGUCAAGGAAAUACUCAAUAACUACGUCACUAUUUUACAAAUCGAACUGCUACGAUUUAUUGAAAGCAUUCGUUUGAUUAACGAUUAUUACACUGGAAUUUUGAGCGGAUUGGUUACGGACCAGAACAUGUACAAAGAGGAGAUUAUUCCAAAAUUCAAUGAAAUUGGUGUUGAUUACAUAAAUAAAAUAUUCCAAUAUACCUCUGCAACCAUCGAAAUUGUCCAUUUUGAAAACCUAUUACUAAAAGUACUAGAAAUAAUACAAAAUUCAAUCAAACUAAUGAACGAUAAUGUAACAACUUGUAUCGAAGCAACUAAAAUUGGCAAACGAAAUUCAAAAUUGAUCAAAAACAUUACAAAAUCCCGAGAAUCAAUAACGAAAGCAGAAUCCGAAAAACUCAUUAAAGAAUGGCAAAAGGCUGCAAACGGUGAAACACUCAGAAUACAUUUACAAAUAGAGCUUGUUAAAAGUAGGGCUCUUGAAACCAUAGAGGCAUUUUUGAAACCAAUUCAAAAAAUGUAUCAUGACAUUUCCAACGAGAUACGUACAAAAUACUGCAAUGAAAUGGAAAAUAUCACUCAAAUUUACCAUAUUUUCAAUGCAACAGUUGCAAAAGAAAUACCUCUACAAAAAGAAUUUAAUUUUGAAACAGACUUAAGAUUAUAUGACGAAAUAAUAUCAGAAUUGCCUCAAGAAAUUGUUGGUUUCACUGUGGAACAAUUAUCAAAGUUAUCAGACAUAUUAUUGGAUUUAAGUCCAAGUGGUUACAUUAAAAAAACAAAUUUUCUAUUUAUAUUACAGGAUGCAAUAAUUGAAAAUGCAAAUAUUUGGAACAAAUUGAAAAUAUCACAACUAAAAAAGGUUGUGGAUGCCUUAUUUGAUGAUUUGCCUUAUGUUUAUUGGAAAGAUUUCAUUGUUAAUAAUUUGAAAAUACAUUUUCCUUCAGAAAGAGAAUUGUUACUUACAAGAAGUGCUUUAGUAAAAAGUGAUCCAAAUUUAACAGAAUUAAUUCAAGGAUGUCAAUUUUUUUCAACAAAUCUAUGGUUUGAAUAUUUGUACUUGAAACAAAAUUCCUUAAGGAAUAAGGAGAUCAAGAAACUCUUAUAUAAAUUAUAUUAUAUAAAAAAUGCUGGCUUAAAUUAUACAGCAAUGAUGUUGGACUUUUGCAAAGACCAAAAUCCUGUUGAAGGCUUUGCAAAAGCCUUAGCACUAUCAUUAGGCAAAACCAUUUGCUGGGAUUUCAAUAUGGGCAAUAGUUUCAAAGAAAAAUAUUUUGAAAGCAUGCACCAACAUGAAGAAGAAGUUAGAAACCGUAACAAUGAUCUUGAAUUUUUACAUAAAGAGGUUUAUGAAGAAAUUGGUAAAUUAGUAGAUGAAAUUGUAGAUGAUUUGGAAGGAGUUGUUAUUAAGGAUUAUAAUUCUUCUACUGUUGAUGAAGAAAUUUCUUUUGAAAAAAUUGAAGAAGAAUUUUCUGAAGAAUUUGCAACAAACGAUUCAAUAGAAGCUUCUUUGGAAAGUCAACCAGCUUCAUUUGUGGAUGAUGCUUCGUUAAAAAAUCAACCAGACAAUGUCAGAACCGAUAGCACGGAUUCAACAGAUUCAAUACACUUUUUGCCUGUAGAAGUAAUUGAAACAAUCCUGAGUAAUUCAAUAUCUUGGCACUUGCUAGUGAAAGAUGAAAGUGAUUCGACAUUUUGCGAAAAAGCCGCAGAAAUUUACGAAAAAUGUAGGAAUCCGGAUUUCAAUAUGUCGGUAUUGUGCCACGAGUAUUUGAACAGUGAAAUUUUUCAGGAUUUGUUGAGUUUGACCAAAAAGUUUCGUGCUUUUGAUCCCAUUACGGUAGUGAAUGAUGUUUUAAAUGAGAAGUGAACAGCAAGUGUAUUUAUUUUACAUCAUAAUAAAU